CAUCAAUAAUCAUAUUCAAUAAUAACAUGAACAUAAUAAACAUGAAGCAAUCACUCUUAUCAAACCCAUUAGCACUAGUACUAAUAUCUUCCCUCAUGUGUUCUACCACCUUAGCUGCUCUCUCACCAGUCCCACCACCAACCUCCGCCGUGGACAUCCUUGGAAUCCUAACAAGAGGUGGAUCCUUCAACACCUUCAUCAGGCUCAUGAAAACCACACAAUUGAUCAACCAACUCACCUCACAGCUCAUAACCAUUAAAUCCGGUGGCCUAACCAUUUUCGCCCCGGAGGACGCCGCCUUCUCCCAACUCAAACCAGGGUUCCUCAACAUGCUUUCGAAUGCGCAAAAGCUUGAGCUCGUUCAGUUCCAUGUUCUCCCUGACUUCGUCUCCAGCUCCAACUUUGAUACCUUAACGAACCCUGUUAGAACACUAGCCGGUGCUAAACAAGGGAAAGUUGAACUGAACGUGAUCAGUUAUGGUGGAAGUGUCAACAUUUCAACGGGUGAAGUUAACACCACCAUCAAUGGGAUCAUAUACACGGAUAACCAUCUUGCAAUAUAUAAAGUUGCUAAGGUGCUUCUCCCAUCCGACUUCUUCCCCACCAAGAUUGCCGCAGCGCCAGCGCCUACGCUGGCGCCGGCACCGGCAGUCGAGGUAGCGAAGGCGCCAAAACCUGAUAAGGAGAAGCCGUUGGACGACAAUUCGGAACCGUCGUCGACACAGGUUGUUCCGUCUAAGACGUCUGCAGCUACGAAGAAAAGAGAGGUUUCCGUUGUGUUUAUGGUCAUGCUAAUAAUAUUGACCGCAUAAACUAUAUAACAUGUAAAUGAAGCUGUGUUUACGCAUUGUUUAUAAUGGAGCGUUGUGAUAUGUUUUUUGUUUCUA